AUGUCUUCUCAUCCGUUACUGGUUGACUGUACUCCUUCCCUGCAAGAACCGACUAAAUUUUCCUUUUCCCCCUUUGUCUUUUUUUUUUUUUUUUACUUUUUUUUUUCAUUCUAUUUUUUCUUUCAUUCUAUUUUUUCUUUCAUUCUUUCUCUCCUUUCCCUCUUCUUUCUCUCCUUUUUCUCUUAUUUCUUUCUCUCCUUUUUCUCUUAUUUCUUUCUCUCCUUUCCCUCUUAUUUCUUUCUCUCCUUUUUCUCUUAUUUCUUUCUCUCCUUUUUCUCUUAUUUCUUUCUCUCCUUUUUCUCUUAUUUCUUUCUCUCCUUUUUCUCUUAUUUCUUUCUCUCCUUUUUCUCUUAUUUCUUUCUCUCCUUUUUCUCUUAUUUCUUUCUCUCCUUUUUCUCUUAUUUCUUUCUCUCCUUUUUCUCUUAUUUCUUUCUCUCCUUUUCUUUAUUUCUUUCUCUCCUUUUCUCUUAUUUCUUUCUCUCCUUUUCUCUUUUUCUUUCUCUCCUUUUCUCUUAUUUCUUUCUCUCCUUUUUCUCUUAUUUCUUUCUCUCCUUUUUCUCUUAUUUCUUUCUCUCCUUUUUCUCUUAUUUCUUUCUCUCCUUUUUCUCUUAUUUCUUUCUCUCCUUUUCUCUUAUUUUUUCUCUCCUUUUUCUCUUAUUUCUUUCUCUCCUUUUUCUCUUAUUUCUUUCUCUCCUUUUUCUCUUAUUUCUUUGCCUCUAUUUUUUCUUCUUUUUAUUUUUCUUCCUUCAUUUUUGUUCUCCCUACUUCUCUGAAAGGACUGCAGGUAUCAACUUUAAAUUUAUUCACUUCUUUCUUUUUACUUCACAUCCUUAG